AUUUAAGGCGGCGUUUCAAUUUUACUGAAAUUGAGAAGCAUCCUAAAUGUAGACAAUUGAUGGAUGGCCUUAAUGCGGUAUACAUGAAGCGUUAUAGAAGCCGAAAAGCCAAAGCAAAAGAAGAAUUUUUAGCAAACGGAGGGGAAACUGAUGUAGCAAGAGCAAGGGCCAACAUCCCCAAGGGUAUGAGUGAAGAGAAUUGGAAUAAAACCGUAGACUAUUUCUUGACCAAAGAACAUAAGGACCGGUCAUGUGCCAACAAAUCAAAUCGUCAAAAGCAACUUUACACAAACCGUGGGGGAUCGUCGACAUAUAGUAGUUUUUGUUUCAAAAAAGAUAAGACCAGACUCGAAGCGUUUAAAAAUUGUCAUACUCUUAAAGAUGGAAGGUUUGCUAGCGAGCUAGAGGAGCAAAAAUACGUAAGUAUCUUAUUUAAAAUAUAA